UUAGUUUGCCAGCAGAAAACAGCAGUAAAGAGGUAAGUUUCAAAUUUAGACUUGAGUUUGUCUUCAAUUGUACCCAGGGACCAUUUCUUCAUUCACUCACGCAAGAACUAUAGCAACCUUUUCCCCCUCCUCACCAGAUUGUCAGACCAAAAAAAAAAAUCCAAAAUUAAACUUUGUUUUACAUCAUUCUGCCAAAAAGCAGAACUGGAAGUCUUGCAAUCUCCCAACUAUUUUCAGUGCCUGUGCUUGAGUCUGCCACAAAAGCCAAACCCUGUUCCAGUACUGUUAAAGCAGUGAAGAAUUGGUGAGUGGGAACAUAAAAACGCUGUCUGCGGUAAAGCUUAAAAUAAUGUCGGAAGAAAUGAAUUACACUACGGUGAUCUUCAAGAACGAAAACAAUGCAGAAGUAAUCUAUGAUGAGGUGAAGACUGAAGAGAAUGGUAAAAACUGUGCCAUAUCAGUGUCGGGAAAUGAAAAGAAAACAUCGUGUCCUCUAAAUGUGGUGGUGGCCUGUUUGGGAAUUAUAUGCAUCAUAUUGGUGACAGUCGUCAUUGGCCUCAGUAUACGCUUAAAGUCAGUCAUCUCUGAGCAGUACAGAGAAAACAAAAACUUAACAACACGCAAUCUGAAGCUGCAGACUGAGAAUGAAGUUCUGCAGAGACAGACAGAAGAGCUGACUAAAGAAAGAGACGGACUCAACUGGACCAUUGGUGUCAUCCUGCAAUAUGACAACUUCCCAGUGAAGGCCCAUUGCACACAGAAAGUGUGCAACCCUUGCCUGGAUGAAUGGUUGCACUUUCGCUCCAGCUGUUAUCUUUUUCAGUAUUUUAAUUAUUCUUCUGAAUGGAAGAAAUGGGAGGACAGUCAUCAUGCAUGCACAAAGAUGACAGCACAUCUGGUGGUUAUUGAAAGUCAAGAGGAACAGGAAUUCAUCAGUGGCCAUAUAAAGUAUUACAGUGAUGCACACCACGGUUACUGGAUGGGCUUGAGUCAAUCGUAUGGAGAGUGGAUGUGGAUAGAUGGACGUAACCUCACUGUGCAAUACUGGGCACCACAACAAGGUAGCAGCAGAUAUACUUGUGGACUAGCUGUGGCAAGCGCAGAUCCUCUGGCAACCUGGCAAAAGAAGGGCUGUUCCAUGAAGAACCGAUGGAUCUGUGAAAGAAAAGCCCUGGUCAAAUCAGAUUAAAAUACAGUGACAUCAUCAUAGGAU